UAUUCAGAAAAGAACCCUAAAACUAAUUUAGUGCCCUGUUUGGUCAUACAAAAAAAACUCUCAUUAGUCCUCUCCGUUAUUAUCAAAAUCAAACAAUCACAAAAUAAAGAAUAUAAUAAAUUUAUUUAAAUUAUUAUUAUCAUUAAUUAAUUCAAAAAUUAACAAUACCACAUCACUUUCUCUCUCGCUGCGUAAUCAUCGCAUCUCUCCCCGGUUUUGCGGGAAUUGGAUUCGUUUUAGAGGGUUUUUGCUUUGAGAUACUUUUAAUGGGCGCACCUAAACAAAAAUGGACAGCAGAAGAAGAAGCAGCUUUAAAAGCUGGAGUUAUUAAACAUGGAGCUGGAAAAUGGCGUACAAUACUUAAAGAUCCUGAAUUUAGUAGUGUACUGUAUUUGCGAUCAAAUGUAGAUCUCAAGGAUAAAUGGAGAAAUAUGAGUGUAAUGGCGAAUGGAUGGAGCUCACGGGAGAAGUCUAAGUUAGCUGUUAAAAGGGUGCACCAUGUUGCUAAACAGGAAGAGAAUAACAACCCUAUCUCUCUCACUGUUGUUCAAAGCGAUGAAGAUAUGUCUGAUGCUAAGUCUAUUGUAGUUGCUAAUCCCGCUAUGCAGACCGGUGGUCCGAGGAGAAGUACUGUAAGGCUGGAUAAUCUUAUAAUGGAGGCUAUAACUAGCUUGAAGGAGUCUGGUGGUUCUAAUAAGACAGCAAUUGCUGCAUACAUUGAGGAACAAUAUUGGCCACCUCAUGAUUUUAAAAGGAUACUGUCAGCAAAAUUGAAAUACUUGACAUCAAAUGGCAAGCUGAUUAAGGUUAAACGCAAAUAUAGGAUUGCACCUACAUUUUCUGACAGGAGGAGGAAUCCUUCUAUGUUAUUCCUGGAGGGAAGACACAGGAUUUCUCCAAAAGUUGAGAGGGAUGAUUUCAAUAUGCUUACAAAGUCACAGAUUGAUGUGGAACUGGCCAAGAUGAGAACUAUGACUGCGCAAGAGGCUGCUAUAGCAGCUGCUCGAGCUGUUGCAGAGGCAGAAGCUGCUAUAGCUGAAGCUGAAGAGGCUGCAAUAGAAGCAGAGGCUGCAGAAGCAGAUGCAGAAGCAGCACAAGCAUUUGCAGAAGCAGCUAUGAAGACGUUGAAAGGGAAGCACAUGCCUAAGAUGAUGAUUCGAGCUUGAUGCAGAAUUGGAGACGAGCAGAAUCAAUGGAUGCUCAUCACAUGCUGACAUUGCAUCUCUGUAAAUAUGAAAACAAAGCCUUUUUGUAGGGUACAAAAUGUAUUUAGCUGUGGAUCCUGGUGGUUUGGUAGAUUGCAAUUGCAUAGGCAGCUCUUUCUUGUAGACAGUUUCAAAUGCCAGUAUGUUAUUUUCUUUCUCUUUCUUUUUUGGCCUCUCUCUCUCAAAGUUAGAAUUCACGAUUAGUAGUAUGUAUUACCAUCUUUGUCUGUUCUUUUAAGAAGUAGCUUAGUGUAGAAAGAAAUCAGAGCAGUUGGAAUUUUGAUUGUUGUAUUCUGAUGAAGAUGUUUGUUUCUAGUGCAUCUUACAUUUACUAUUUUUCA